AUGUCUGAUAACGAAAGCAAGCAACAGAGUGUUGGUAUAGUGGGGGCCGGUUUAGUUGGGUGUCUUGCAGCUUUGGCAUUUGCGGCCAAGGGAUACACUGUAUACAUCUUUGAAUUAAGACCCGAUCCAAGAGAGAACCCAAACCCAAAGAACUUACGUUCAAUCAACUUGGCAGUUAGUGAUCGAGGCAUACGAGCAUUGAAGUAUGUUGAUGAAGAAAUGGCCGAGCGUGUUUUGCAAUAUGUCAUUCCAAUGAAGGGUAGAAUGAUUCAUGAUAUUAGUGGAACCAAACAAGAAUCGCAAAUUUAUGGAUUAUUUGGAGAAUGCAUAAAUUCUAUUGAUAGAUCUUUUCUUAAUAAGGUAAUGUUGGAUGAGAUGACAAGUUCUGAUAAGAUCAAAGUACUUUUCAAUCAGAAGUUGAUCAAAUUGAGUCAACUUACCAAUGAUGACGAAACACCUAAAAUGACCUUCUUAGACUUGAGUAGUAAAAGCGAAGAAAAGAAAAAAGAAUAUGAAUUUGACUUUAUAGUUGGAGCUGAUGGGGCCCAUUCCCAAUUUAGAUAUCAAUUACAAAGAUUUAGUCGAAUGAAUUUCCAACAACAAUAUAUUGAUAUGCAAUAUUUGGAACUUUGCAUUCCACCUAAUCCUAAUUCAAAAGAAGAUAAUACCAUAUUUUCAAUUGAUCCAAACCACCUUCAUAUAUGGCCAAGACAUAACUUUAUGCUCAUUGCUCUUGCAAAUCAAGAUGGGUCAUUUACAUCUACAUUUUUCAGUCCUUGGUCCGUGAUUGAAAGCUUAAAAUCGGCCGAUGAUUUUGUUGAAUUCUUCCGAUUCAAUUUCCCCGAUGCCUAUCAAUUGAUGGGGGAAGAAAGUUUACGUUAUAGUUUUGAUCAUCAACCUCGUGGUUCUUUAAUGCAAGUCACUGCUUUUCCUUACCACAGUCCUAAUGGCCGAGCAUUGAUAAUUGGUGACGCUGCUCACUCUAUGGUUCCUUUCUACGGUCAAGGUAUGAAUUGUGGAUUCGAAGACGUUCGUGUUUUAAUGGAGUUAAUUGACUCCAAUAAUCAUGACGUAAAAGCCUGUUUCAAACAAUACUCUCAAGACCGUCAUCAAGAUUUAUUAACCAUUUGUAAAUUGGCCUUAGACAAUUACUAUGAAAUGUCCUCCAAAGUUACUAGCCCGCUUUAUCUUUUCAGGAAGAAAAUUGAUUACUUCUUAGGUAAAUAUGCCAGUGGCCGUUUCCUUACAUGGAUUCCAAUGUACUCUAUGAUUUCAUUCAGAGGAGAUAUCGGGUAUUCUGAUGCAGUCAAAAUCGAAAAGAGACAACGGAGAAUAUUGAAUAACAUCCAGAACGGGACCCUUGGUGCAUUAGCCAUCUUUACUGCGGUGAAAGUGGCCCAAUAUUGGCAUAAACUCAAGAACUAAUACAUUUCCUCAAUAGGGCCUACUUCUCAAUUUGUAGUUGGUUAUACUUUAGCUCAUGUUACCGAAUUAUACAUUAGUUUAUAAAACCUUAUUAUACCUUAUACUUUAUUGCAACCAAUAUUAUUGAACCGCGUGCAUUUACCAAUAAUAUAUGAUAUUAACUUCCAACCCGUACAUUCUUUUUUUUGGAACUUUGGCCCGUGCACCAUAUAUGGUCGUGCGCGCAUGCCCAAUUAUUCAUUCGUUCAUCGAAAAACUUUUGGGUGAGUUUUGUGUAAUUAAAAAAUUCAAUUCUUUUUUUUUUUUUU